GGCGCGCUGGACGGCUACCUAAAGCCCCCCCGCAACGGCAAGUUCCUCUCCCUGCUCAUGGGUAACGCCGUGGACGUAACCUCGCAGAGGCAGGAGAACAGGCUUCGGAUAAAAGAGGAGUACUACUCCUUCAGGGACAGGUCCACCUUCACCUACGUCGCGUGGCCCACCGCGCUGCUCUACCUGAACCGCGAACGGCAAAAAGGGUUGGAGGCGGGCGCUGCCAACACGUGGUUCUCGCUCGUCACCGUGUUCCCGGUGCUGGUGCAGUUCUACUGGUGCUGGAUGCUGUACUUUUACGCGGCGCUCGCGCUUCGCGAAAACGUGCUGCGGUGCAACGGAAGCAGGAUCCGCCGGUGGUGGAUCAACCACCACUACUACAGCAUGGGCAUGUGCCUCGUGGUCUUGACGAUGGACGUGCAGUCCAACGCGUGCCUCAACUACAUGUCGCGGUUCCUCGUGUUCACCGCGCUCCAAGGGGUCGUGAUGCUCACGCAGAAUAGGUACCAGCGCUUCCGGAUGUACACCAGGGUGGCGAUGGGCAAGGCUUCGCCGAUGGACGUAGCCGGCGGCGAGAUGGGCGGCAACGCGGGUCAGCUGAAGCUCCUCUACCCGCUGCUCUUCGGCCUGCAGAUCAUGCAGGUGUACUUCGGGGCGUCCGUGCUGGUGUCCUUUUUCCGCGAGUGGCAGGCGCCCGCCGCGGGUGCGCUGUUCGUCGUCAUGGGCGUGGGUAACUUCAGGGCCACGUGCCAGACCUACUUCACCAAGCGCAAGUUCGCCAAGGAGUCCUCGAGGUCAAAGGCUAA